UGUAUGUGGUGUGGUCCUGCCUCAGCUGCCUCCGCACUCAUUGCGCACACUGAGCUGACGGACACACAUCCGCUCUCUACACACACUGUUGGAGCUGCAGUGGAACAAGUGGACGCGGGAGAAGAAGAAGUAUUAGAAGAAGAAGAAGAAGAAAAAGGAGAAGAAGAUGUCACUGGCAGUGAAGAAAGGAAUAAGCGCCAAAGCCGAGUCCAGAAAAUGCGCUGCGCGUCUCUGGAGGCUCUUCCCGCACCUUCUGCUGUGUCUGUCUCUGGUCGCUUACGCUGCGCUGGGCGCGCUCAUGUUCCAGUACGUGGAAGGAAGCAGCAAUUCCACCACCCAGACGGAGUACCAUGAGUUCCUGGGUCAGAUCGUUCGCACCGUCCAGAACCUCUCCGAUAACGCCUCCCUCACGCAUCAGCACAUACUGCAGGAGGUGGAGAAAAAGAUGAGUGCCAGCUUCAAGUCGAUCUGGCUCCAGAGGCCUGACAGGUGGAAUUUCUUUGGCUCCAUGUUCUUCUGCUGCACUGUGUUCACAACAAUUGGGUAUGGGGAGAUUUAUCCGGUUACCCUGCCUGGUAAGGUGGUGUGUGUCUUCUAUGCCAUGGUGGGCAUCCCCCUCAUGCUUCUGGUCAUCCUCGAUGUAGGAGACUUCCUUGCUCGGCUUAUGUCCAGAGCCUACGUCCACAUUCACACCCUCUGCAAAAUCCUCCUCUCCCGCACCCGUUCACCGUGGAAGGCUCAUAAGAGGACGGUGGAGUCGAGCCACUGGGCCCUAAACGAUGGUACCUUUGUUUUCAGUCAUGAUGUUGUGAUCCGUGAACCGCUCGACAUCCGGCAGGUGAUGCACAGCCAGGCAGACGUACGGCACAAGUCCAUCCAGCUCCAGGACAACAAGGAGAUCUUUGAGAAGAUUCUGGCCAGGGAGAAUUUACUCAGAAAGGGCCCACUGCUCAGGACCCUCUCCUGCCCAGAGCUGGACCGGCUGCCACCACCACCCAAAGGAUACACCAUAUGGGACUUCACAGGGUUAGGGGAUGGAAUGGAAAUGUUGGAUGUCCCUUUUGUGCUGAUCCUUUUCAUUGUGUUUGCCUACAUUUUCUUUUUCGGUUUGAUUCUGCCGUUGUGGGAAACAGAAUUCAAGGGAUUUGACCCCUACUACUUCUGCUUCAUCACGCUCACUACCAUAGGUUUUGGUGACAUUGUGCCAAAUCACCCCAAGUACUUCAUGCUUACUUCACUCUUCAUCAUUGUUGGCAUGGCCAUCAUGUCCAUGGCUUUUAAGCUGAGCCAAACACGAAUUGUUAGUUGCUACCGCCAGUGCAUCAAGUUCAUCAGCAGGGGAAACGUGGAAACUUUCAAAAAUGAAGAGAAUGACUAAAUGACCAGAGAAUCUCUGCCUCAUGUCCAAGAGUUGUGCAAGCUCACAGUCCUGGCUUUGAAACAGGCCCAGACCGGAGUCUGAAGGAACUUGUCCAGUGCACUCUUUGUGCUGGUUGUUCGGUUACAAGCAUGAGCAAAAUAAAAAAUGUGCAUGUGCCAAACGCUUUUGCCCAGUACAGUGCAAUAUUCAAAAUGAUUCCUGUCAAAAGGAACUUCAAAUUCUGCAUAUCUAGGUACAGUAUCUUGCCAAGGAAUGACUAUUAGUUGUGCUGCAGCAAUUGUACUGCUUUAAAGUACUACAGUGGACGGACACAGUAGUUUAGUGUUUACUCUGGAUUUCUUACCACCUGCUAGAAAAAUUCAAUAAAAUGCCUUUUAAGUUCAGCUUUGUUGGUUUUUUUAAAUUCACAUUAUAACAUAGUGUCAAACUAACAUCAUUACAUUUUCUAGACUGUAAUAUUAACCCUCAAGUUAUGGUGAGGGUUAGGCAUUCAGUUCAGAUGGUUAUGGUUAGAGAAAGGGGCUCAGGGCUGCAUUAUCUCAAUGGCAAGUCCCCACAAAUAUCAUAAGACAAGGGUGUGUGGGACAUCAAAGGCAUGCAGCAAAGAGUCCAGUCGGCUGGGAAUCGAACUUGGUACUCACUGCUCAGGACCUUUGCACCUCCAUGGUAUGUAGGUGCAACGGUGCUUAUUAAUUGAAGGUGCUGGAAUGCCAUUCCCUUUAACACCCACUGAUAUGCCUAACCUUUGGGACCUGCCACCAUGAAUUCCUGUAUGCUGUCACCCCCCAACUCAUCCAUCAGUUCCCACAAGUAUAUUUCCCAAUUUGAGUCAAGACCCCCAUCUGUGGUGACAUCGACCAGGCUGAAUAGAAAAGUGUUCCAAAUAACUGUAUGCCUGUAGACUCUGUAGCUGCUAUGAAGACGACAUCCACCUCGUUUGCAAUACAUUGAUUGCUGUAACUCCACUUCAAAACUUCCAAAGUUUCUAGUUUGGUUUGGGUCUGAUACUUCUCUGCACAAACUUACCCGAAAAGCUGUGGAGACACAAUCUAGACAUUUUAUCUGGGUUUUGAUGGCGUCCAAGCAAAUUCUCCUUUUAGUAUGAUACUGAUUUACUUCUCCCUGCUUUUUUGAUCCUUUUACUCAGAUGGGGCCCCCUCCUGUGUGCAUGUAGUUGAAUAUUAAGUUGCUUUUUCUAUCAAAGUGCCACAAACACGCAUGACAUGAUCUUUGUUACCCAAUAACCCAUCUCCAAGAUCUUGUUCAAUUCAGUAGUGACCAAAACCUCCGUCAAUGCUCUGACCCCAUCACUGUGCCCAGAUGUGACCCUCUUGAAAAUUUAGUUUGGCGUUCAGACAACAGAGGGUAGGAGCUUACCUGCAGAUGCUCCGUAAGGUCAAACAGGAAAAUAUAGCUCAACCUCAAGGUGCACAUCCUACCACCUAACAAAUCAUUGCAGGGUGACAGAGCCUGGGGAAUGUGAUUCAACCCCUGAUGGGAUUUUUUCAUCUCCACCCACGUAUGACGAUCGAUUUGACCCCCUGAUCAGACUGUUACAUCUGUCAUUUAUCCUUACAGGUCACUUUCAACUCCUUAAAGGUGGUACCAGUCAGAGGAAAGGUGUCAUGAGGUUGAGAACAAGAUGGACAACCUAGAAAGUGCCACACAUAUUUCAAACCUUUAAUCUUGGCAAAACCAUCUACAAAAGACCGCACCAACUGUUUCAUUUAAAGCGUGUUGAAUGACGAUGUCUUUGAAUUUGUUUUGAAAUGAUGCCUGUAAUCGAAAGUAUUACUAGCCUUUCAGAAAGUAGACACUGGUGGUGCAGCUGAAAGGGUCCACGCUUGUCUCUUCAAUAUACCCUUUCCUGAACAGUGUACAAAUGCACCCCUACACACUGUCUAGUACCAACCCUCUUUUCCACUGUAGUGAUGCAGUUGAUGGCGUAAACAUUAAGCAACGGGUAGAGCCCCUUGUACUUCAAAUGGGCUUUGGAGCUGAAACCGUCCCUUUGUUUAAUCAACAAAGCCUGUCAGCAUGGAGGUAAAGCACAUGGAAAGUGUUGUUGAAAUCUUAAUAAAGAUAUAA